AAGCAAACAGAGCGGCAGUUAUUAUGUGCAAUGUGUUGAUCGUGUUGAUGUUGUGUCUAGUUGUGUCGGCUUAAUCUUUCAUUAUUUUAGUACCAUAUUUAUAUUUAUUCAUUUCGUUGCAAUUUAAACAAUUACCCUAAAAACAACAAUUAAAAAUAUCCCCCAUCCAUUUUUAUUUUAUUCAAUCAAACAUCAGAAAAUCGUUAAAAUUAAACAUCGAAAUCACAAGUGAGUAAAUCUCGGCUUGAAUACCGGCGUCAGUUUCCAAGUGCAUCAGACGUAAAUCUUUAAGUGACGAUUACCAUGUGACUCAUAACCACUUACAUUAAUUUUUUGGCUUGAAAAGUUUUUUUUUCUUAAAACACUACCACCUAAAUCUUUAAUUUCUUUGUUUCUUUUUAUUUAAAAAAUAUUUUAAAAGUGUGAUCAUAAAUUUAAAAGAAAAUUUAAAAAUAGUGCAGGUGAAAAAUAUAUAUUUAAAAUGUAAACUCGAGGUUAAAUAAAAUAAAAUGAUGUAUUUGCUAGGUGCAGUUAAAAAUAUAUUUUGAGUAAAAAGUUUAAACCAUGUCAUGUUUACAUCAUAUAUACGUAAUUCCGUGUGUUGUCUAGCUCGUUUACUUGGUGAUGCUGCUGAUGGCAUCACCUCUACUCAACUAUCUCCGAAUGUGAUUAUCGUGACAAGAAGUGAGAGUAAAUUCUCCGAUAUUUCCGCAACAUUUUGUUACAUAUUAUGUCACUAAGAAUGGAAUUGGCGAGCUAUCGAAGUGCGGGUUCAAGAGCUCGUGUGAGGAAACGAGCUGAAUUAGGAAGACGACUUACCAGAAGGUUGUCUAUGGUGGCAAAGGCACCUGCAGCUUUUCUCCAACGAGCUAAUCAUCCGGAUCCUAGGCCUAUCGAGAUCAUUGCUAUUGCACCUGAUAAAUCUCAGCUAACGCUUCCAGCGAUAUCACCGGGACCAGUGUCUGCGCUCGUGGCCCCAGUGUUGCUUAAAUAUCGCGUAUGUAGACCGCGAUUGCUCUUGGCUGGAUCAAGAGCCGAGGUCGAUCUUGCUGCGGAUGUUGCGCUUCUUCAUGGUGAAGUUUUACUUAUCGAGGACGCUGCCAGACAGUACAAUCUCAUCGGUGAUACAGACAGAAGGUAUCGAGCGACAGAAAAAUUACUUCAUGCAGAAGAUGAAUUCCAUGAAAUUUUAUCGAGCGCUAAAGAAUUGUAUGCACGUCCAUUGGCGCGAAAUUAUCCACAUUAUCAUGAUGUAAUUUUUAAACCGCUUGCUGACCUUGCGCGCGUCAGCGGGGAUCUUUCUGAUAGGCUUCGAAAUGCUCUGGACAAUUGGAAUUCAGAAACUGCAAAAUCAAGUGAAUUAUUCCCCGCCUCUUUCUGGUUGUCUUACUGGGAAUACUUGGAAGCCUACGUCGAGGCAAGGCGGACAUUGGAUGCACUUAGAGCUGUUGCUGAUCCGUUACUUGAUUUUUUGAGACUUAGACAAGCGGCUGCGCGACAUUCACCCUCGGCUCUACUUCUUCUGCCGGUUCAGAGGCUCGCUGAGUACGAGCGAUACUUGGGCCAAGAAGCACGUACACUAAUAGAGUCUAAUAGUAAUAAUAAUAAUAAUAAUAAUAAUAAUCAUCAUCAUCAUCAUAAUAAUAAUAAUAAUAAAACGAACAUAACCAGCGGCGCAGUUCUUCAACGUGCCCAACUUGAGGGUGACCUUCACCGCAUCCAAGAACUAUUUCCGGGCGACAACCUGCGUUUACAUGAGCGAGAUGUCCUCACGACGAAAAUGAAGAAUUUGAUACGUAAGAGAAAUGGACCAAAUCCUGGUCGACUGACUCGCGCAUUGUCGCAAAAAAAUCUUCAGAAUAUCAGCAACUCACCAGUACCAGCGACAAAAUCAUCACCGCGGACAUUUCUACUGGAGACACCGGUACAAUUUACCACGGGUAUGCAGUCCCAGGACCGGCAUCUUUUUCUCUUCUCAGAUCUGCUGCUGAUUGCCAAGGCACGAAGUGGUGGAAAUUUUAAACUCAAGCAGACAGUGAAGAUGAGCGAACUUUGGCUAACCGCAGGACACAUUGAAGAUGUUGCUGAGUCAAACAAAUCUCAAGAAACGAGCUUUGUUCUCGGUUGGCCUACGACAAAUGUUGUUGCAACCUUCAUGACUGCAGCUGCCAGAGAUUUGUGGUGGGGACGUUUGACAGAAUUGGUACGGGAAGAAAGUCUGAAAGAACCACCAGACACCAAUAUCCAAGUUGUUUAUCACGACAAUGACACAAACACAGAAUAUUGCAAGACAAUAAUGGUGAGCUCAGAGAUGACAGCGGCGACAUGCGUGAGUCUAGCAACCCGACUAUUGGAUCUUCAAGGCCCCUUUCAGCUCUGGGCAAGAACUUGUGCUGACGAAGCCCCUUACCCUCUUAUAGGCCAUGAGAGGCCUUUUGCAAUAAAGCUCUCUAAUUUACGACACACACUGUCAACUGAAGAAGGGUUUGAUCUGGAGCACUGCAACAAAAGUGGCCAUGACACUUGUCAUUUUAUUUUGCGACCAAUUCUCAAGUCACCAAUAAAAAAAAAUAAAUCAAAAAUCAGUGGAUUACUUAGACGAUCUUUGUCAUUAAAUCCAAGUAUUUUUGGUGUUAAUUUAUCACGAUUAGACGAAAAUGGUUUACCUAAACCAGUACUAGUGAUGCUUCAGCAAUUAUUUGCAAAAGGUCCUUUUACUCAAGGAAUAUUCCGUAAGUCAGCAAACGUUCGGAUUGUUCGAGAGCUUCGAGAUCAAAUUGAAUCAACUGGUGACUCAAGUUGUUUAGAAGAUGCGCCAAUCAUUGCCGUUGCUGCAUUACUAAAAGAUUUUUUACGAUCAUUGCCCGAUCCACUACUUACUUCUCAUUUAUUUCCACUUUGGAUGGCCAGUUUAGAAUCUAAAAAUUCUGUACAGACUAUCAAAAGCAUUCUUGAUCGACUGCCAAAAGCCAAUUACACUCUUUUAUCUCAUUUGGUGUGCGUGCUUCAUCACAUAGCCCGUCGUUCAAAGCAUAAUUUGAUGUGCGCAAGUAAUUUAGGCGUCUGUUGUGGACCAAGUCUUCUUUGGUCAUCAAAUCCAACAGUAAAUCAGAGUCGUGCCAUUCCAGCACUUACAGAGAUGUUGAUUCGUCACUGUGAAGUGUUAUUUGGUGACGCUGUGACUCAGCUAUUUGGCGAGGAACGCAGUGACAGCGGGGCUGAAGAGAGCACUGACAGUUUACACUCAGGUGGGCUUUCGUUGGACAGUUUAGAUUUAACAGAGCCUCCACGCAAGGAUCACAUGUCACUGUCACGUGAUUCAGGACUGACAUUGUCAGAUUGUCAACUUUUCAUACCCGAGUCACCAGUCGGCUCAGAAGACUCUGCAGUAAAUGCAUCAACUUCAAGUUUUGACAAGUCAUCAGCAGACAAAGACAAGUGUCUCAAUAAAUCUUAUAUUCGUGUCUACACUGGCUGGGAGGAUCGACUGAAUGGUUAUACAACAACAACAACAACAACAGCAACGACGCCGCCAACAACGACGACGACAACGACAACCCCAAGUCCAACUGCUACCAAAAAUCAACAGAACAAUGAACCUUUUCGCGAUGACAAACUUAACUAUCCAAAUCCAAAUUUUCAACGACAAGAUUGGCUGCGUGCCCAACUUAAACGAACUCCUAGAACUAAACUAGAAGACGAUCAACGCAAAGAACGUUUUGAUGACAAGGAUAUUUUCAGUCGUGAUUACUUACGUCAGGCUUCUAUAAAAGAAAAUGUAGAAAAUUGCAAAGAAAUUGUUUUUAGAACACAACAGCAGCAACAGCAACAACAACAACAACAGCAACAACAAAAUGUAGAUUCAUGUCUUGACAGUCGUAUCUCUAAUCACGAUUCCGAGCAGAGUUCCACUGGUGAGUCUACGAUCUCAUCAGAGCGUAGUCACAGUUAUGAUUUUAAAAAAGAACGUUUUGAUUUCAAAAAAAUAAAAUCAGACUAUUCUUCUUCUUCUGGUUGUGAUCAAUCACCAGUGUCGUCACAAAAUGGGAGUUAUCAUUCAACUGGAGAUUUGUAUGAAUUUAAAAAAGUAUUGACUAAACAUGAAAGUAGAUUAGAAAAUAAUAAUAUUUAUGGAAAUCGUGAGACAUUAACUGAAAUUUAUAGUAGUGAUAUUUAUAAAUUCAAACAAGCUGAUACAAUUGAGGUAUUUUGUGAUGAGACUGAUGAUGAUACACGUACAUGGCCUGAUACUCCACCACCACUGCCACCCCGAUUGAGGCAUCUGCCUCCAGUGCACAUGAGUCUUGAGGAUCGACACAAAAUCACUGGUAGGUCACGGUCUUUGCCACCUCCGCCACCUUACCGACCUCCACCCCAACCGCGAGCUCCCAUUACCACAAGACAUCUUGGCUAUCCUCGAUCGAUUAUUGACGAUGAGAGUUAUGUUUAAAUUAUUAUAAUUAUUUUAAAUUUAUCUGCUAUCUAAACUACUUGGCCAAUUAUUUGUUAACAUUUUUAAGUUUAAUAUAUAGUUAUUAUUAAUAAAUAAAUAAAACUGUUAAAGUGUUAAUGAAUAAAGAUAAUAAUAAAUAAUAAAUUAUCUCCAAGUAGUUUAGAGAUAUUUUUAAUAAGGAGCUCAAAAGUACUCGUUGUAAUAAAUGAGUCUUGUAACUGAACCUAGUCCGAAUUAGCCCCGAUGGUCGUAGUGGACAGAAUGGAUUUAUAUAUGUGUGACAAUUAUUAUUAAUUAUUAGUUUAUUUUAUGUAAAUCAAAUCAGUGAGGUGAAUAAAAAAAGAGACGUCUCAAUUAAUUUAACGACAAUUACGUUUUUUGUUAUUAUUUUAUGAUUCAGGGUGCUUCCACAUGCUUAAUAUAACUACUAAUUUAAAUAUAUUAUAUUAAAAAUAUCUUAUUAUUAACUUUUUUAUUGAUAAUUAUCGAUAAAUAUAUUAUAUUAUAAGCAUAAAUUUAUUUUAUGAUGAUGAUUAUAAUCAAAAUAAUACUUUUCUAUUUGAUAUUUAAAAUCUAUUUUUAUUUAAGUUUCAUUUCGAAAAUAAUGAUUUAUGUAACAUGACAAUUACGUUAUACAGAUAUA